AUGGGCAACGAAGCUGAGGCCGAGACCGUGAGGGCGCCCGUUGACCCCGAGCGUCAGGACGUACCUGUUUCCCCGCCCGGGCCCAAGGGCCGCGUCCACAACCAUGAUCCUAACACACCCCCGGCCUUUUCGACUCACAACGGCGGCAUCGUCGAGAAGGAAGAAGGCGAGCUGAUCAACUUCAAGACUCUACACUGGCUACAAGGAGGAAUCGUGCUUGUCGCAGAGACAGUCUCCCUCGGAAUCCUCUCCCUCCCUUCCGUCCUCGCCACCGUCGGCCUCGUCCCCGGCAUCAUCCUUAUUUGCGUCAUCAGUGCACUCGCCACCUACUCCGGCCUCGUCCUCGCCGAGUUCCGGAAGCAAUACCCCUUUGUCCAGAACUUCGGCGAUGCGGUCGAGCUUAUUGGGCAGCCGAUCGGCAUGGGCGGCCUGUUCCGCGAGUUCUUUGGCUGGGCGCAGACGGUCGUCCAAGUCUUUCUCAUGGGCGGGCACAUCCUCAUGUGGACCAUUUGCAUGAACACCCUCACCAACAGCUCGACCUGCACGGUCGUCUGGGCGGCGGUCGGCAUGUUGGUGUUCUGGGUGUUCAACGUGCCGAGAACGCUGAAGUGGACGAGUUGGAUGUCGGCGACUUCUUGCGUUUCCAUCGUCGUAGCCGUCCUCAUCACGGUCAUCGACGUUGCCAUUGAGAAGCCUAUCGGGAGCGGUUCUAUCGACGUUUUCAAAUCCCUUGGCUUCUCCCCUGCGUUUCUGGCCGUGACCAACAUUGCCGGUGCUUUCGCGAGUCACUCCAUCUUCUUCAGCGUCAUCGCCGAGUUCAAAAACCCGGACGACUGGCCUAAGGCGCUCGCGUUCCUGCAGAUCACGGAUACGACGCUCUACAUCAUCGCCGCAGUUAUCAUCUACGUCUACGUUGGGCCCGACGUGCCCUCCCCGGCGCUGUCUGCAGCUGGGAGCGCCACCAUCCGCAAGGCUAUCUGGGGCGUGGCAAUCCCCACGAUCGCUAUUGCGGCCGUGAUUUACGCACACGUCGCGUCGCAGUACGUCUUCACGCGCAUCUUCGGCAACACCAAGCACGUGGUGAGGCGAACCAGGAUCUCGACCAUCGCUUGGCUGUUGAUCACGCUGGGCAUCUGGGGUCUCGGCAUGGUGAUUUCCGAGUCCAUCCCCGUCUUCAACAACUUGCUGGGCCUCGUCUCCGCGGCGUUUGCCAGCUGGUUCUCGUUUGGGCUGCCAGGGAUUUUCUGGCUAUGGAUGCACAAGGGUAACUGGUUCAGCAGUUGGCAGCAGAAGUGCCGGUUCGCGGCCACCUCUCUGCUCCUACUUGUGGGCAUCGUGCUUUGUGUCCUGGGGCUCUGGGUUUCUAUCGAGGCGAUAGCCAAGGGGGGAUCGGGUACAAAGCCGUGGACUUGCGCCAGCAAUGCUGCGGAAUAA